AUGGCUCUCAACCUCGAUAAGUGUGUCUGUAUCACAUUCCACCGAACCGUCUCUCCAAUAAAAUUUGACUAUUCUCUGAGCGGCAUAACACUAUCAAGAGUUACUACAGUAAGAGAUCUUGGAGUGACCAUUACAUCUACUCUCAACUGGGAUGCACAUGUUCGGUCGGCUUGCAGCCAGGCAUUGCGCAAACUCGGCCUGAUACACAGAAUUUCACAGCAUUUCACUGAUAUACUCUCUUUCAAGACUCUCUACUGUACCUUGGUGCGCCCACAUCUGGAGUACUGCUGUGUGAUUUGGUCGCCACAUCAGAAAUAUUUGAUUGAAGAUCUGGAGAGGGUCCAGAGGCGAUUUCUCAGGCUGGUGGGACUAAGAUGGAUACCUUGA